CGGGCGGCCCGGCCGUGGUGGGCCUCAGCGGCCGAAGUGCUCUCUCCUCAGUCCGCAUGGACGGCCUGGUGCUGUGCGGAUGGCGACGGAGGAGGGAGGAGGAGCUGCCGGCCCCGGGCGACGCGAAACGUGCCUGCAGGAGGCUGGAAGCCAGUGGCCAUGAGCACAGCAGCCGCGCAGUGUGUGUGUGCACCCCGAGGCCCUGGAACACAGAGGACCAGGUGCCUCGGCCUCCAAGCUGCCCCGCUGCACCGGGGCCAGACGGCGGCCUGGAGAAGCCAAGCCCAGUGAUUUCUCCGAACGGUGGAAGGAGCGCAGCCCAGCCUUGCCCAAGGUGUAUUGCGGGAGAAUCUGGACAUUUUAACCACACUGGCAAUCAUUAGAAGAUGCACAGCAGAGGCACGGGUCCAGUCCGGUGUGGAGUCCUCCAGAGAACAGACGUGUAAAUCCCUCCCAGCUGGGCCUCCUCUCCCUUGGCCGGCUGGGAUGUGAUCUCCUUUGUGUAAUGCCUCACUCUGUGCACAGAGCCAGGGGCAUCUGUGCCACUGCCACUAAUGAGCCUCCCAUCUGACAAGGAUGUGCCCACAAGGAGGAAGGGAUGCCACCCACAUGCAGUGCUGCUCUUGUACUGCUGAUCAUUCUCUACUGAAUCCAGGGAUGCUUGCAAGCUUUUUAAUUAAAAUAAUUAUUUUUAUAUUCCAAA